GAUAUCGAACUACCGAAUGAGCUGCUCAUUUUUCGGAAGAUUUUUUCCUGUUCAGUCACUUUCAGUAAUUAGUUCUCGUUAAACAUUUUUAGUAGACAAGUUUUUGUGUAAUAUUCUGUUUCGUAAUAGAUAUGCCAAGACUUUGACUGCAAAAUUUCAUCGGUUCUCAUUCAGAUUGUGAAAGAGACACGAAUUUUUGGCUGGCAGUAUGGGAAGUUGGCCGGACGAUGUGGGCAUCCUAGCUCUAGAACUGGUCGUUCCGCCACAGUACGUGGACCAGACCGAUUUGGAGAUCCAAGAUGGCGUCUCGGCCGGCAAAUACACCAUUGGUCUCGGCCAGAGCAAGAUGGCGUUCUGUUCUGACAGAGAGGAUGUCAACUCUCUCUGUUUGACGGCCGUAGCGAGGCUGAUGGAGAAGCAUAAUAUCAGGUACGAGGAUAUAGGACGACUGGAGGUUGGCACUGAGACAAUUAUUGACAAGUCGAAAUCAGUGAAAUCUGUGCUGAUGCAGCUAUUUGAAGACAGCGGAAAUACUGACAUAGAAGGUAUUGACACAACGAACGCAUGCUACGGAGGUACUGCAGCUUUAUUCAAUUGUGCCGCCUGGCUUGAGAGCAGUGCCUGGGAUGGCAGGUUAGCUCUGGCUGUAGCUGCUGAUAUUGCUGUUUAUGCCGAAGGUAGCGCUAGACCGACAGGGGGUGCAGGAGCGGUGGCCAUCUUGCUUGGUCCCAAUGCCCCGCUCGUGUUGGAGCGACGCGUGCGUGCGAGUCACAUGCAGCAUGCCUAUGAUUUCUACAAGCCAGAUCCACGAUGUGAAUAUCCUGUGGUCGACGGAAAGCUCUCAAUCAAGUGCUAUCUCUCUGCUCUCGACAAGUGCUAUCGACUUUACUGCAGUAAACAGGAAAAGCUGAAUAACAACAGUAGACGAGUGGGUUUGGCAAGUCUGGACGCCAUGUUGUUUCACUCGCCUUACUGCAAGCUCGUGCAGAAGUCGCUCGCCAGAAUCGUGUUCAACGAUUUUCUCAUCAGGAGUGCUGAUCCUACAAGGAAUGCCGACGAUGUGCCUUUGAACGCCUCACUGCAGCGAUUCGCCAACUUGCGUUUGGAAGACACCUAUUUGGACCGAGACGUGGAGAAGGCGUUUGUGGAGGAGAGUCGCGCCGAAUUUGAACGAAAGACUCAGCCUUCGUUGCUGGUCGCUCGGGAGGUUGGCAACAUGUACACGCCUUCGCUGUACGGUGGCCUCAUCUCACAUCUGGUCGCCACGCCCCGCUCGCGAUUGGUCGACUCGCGCAUCGGUCUCUUCAGCUACGGCUCCGGAUUGGCUGCCACAAUGUACUCGCUGCGCGUGCGCGAACCAGGCCUCGACUCCCUAUUGGCCGGUCUGAGUCACGUGACCCAAAUGCUGGACUCCCGCCAAAAAGUGCCAGCUGAUAAAUUCUGCGCGCGCAUGAGAGAGAGGGAGAGUGUGCAUCUUGUCGCUCCUUAUGAACCGAAGGAUAGUGUUGAUCUACUUUUGCCGGGUACCUAUUAUUUGACGAACAUUGAUGAACAGUAUAGGCGCAGCUAUACUAGGAAAUAGCAGUGGUUUAAAGGUUACUUAGGGACAUUUUAUUAUAGAUACUUUAUGUAUUAUAAAUACUAUAAUACAUUCCUUAGUGCAA